UUUCAAAGGUUUGCACUACACAAGGCUGCAGAGUUAGAUGCUUUUGAGUACAUCCAGUCCAUUGUAACUUAUGGUGGGUCAAAAAAUUGCGGAAGAGCGCAGUUCAAUCCCGAUCCGCAAUGACCUCUUAUUUGAAACACAUUAUAUAUAGUGUGUACAUUUCAUCAAAGAUCACUUCCUUAAAUUGCCUUCGAUAUAUCUGCGCCUGUAGUCCUUGCCACAUUCUUAACUUUAAGGUUUUGGUUUGUUGCUCAUUGACAAUAUGGAGGAAUUUAAAUGUCUCUCUUUCCUGUGAAAUAGCAUUCAAUUUUCCCAUUGGUUCUCUGCUAGUAUUCGCCACUGAGCUAUCUGUUUUAUCUGAGAUCACUGUAGGAAGUAAACAUGUCAGUGGUGUAGAAUAACGAAGUUUGUGUUCUUCACCUGUGGAAAAGUAUGAUGAGCAGUUUUGUCUAGUGGUUGCCUCGAUGAACGACUUUUAUAAAGCAUCUUUGAUAUAGAUCUCAAAUAGUGAAGAGCAUGAAUACAUUUUCCUCUACGUGACCAUCCAUAUGUUUUAUCUUUGCAUAUUGCUUUGGAAACCUAGAGAUUAACCAAUAACAUUGUUCUUCCGCCAAAUAAUCCAGUUGUGACAUCUGGCCUGUGAGUGUGUUGGAGAAGGUAGGUGUUUUGCAUGAUGGCUGAUACAACGGUGGACGCAACCCGACGCCUCAAUGUCAAGAAACAAACGUUGGAUGAUGCUUAUGCGGCACCAGCAAAUUUUCUUGAGAUCGACGUGAUAAAUCCUAUUACUCAUGGUGUUGGGAAGAAAAGAUACACUGAUUAUGAAGUUAGAAUGAGAACAAAUCUACCUGUUUUCAAAGUGAAGGAAUCGAGCGUUCGCCGGAGAUACAGCGAUUUCGAAUGGCUCAGAAAUGAACUUGAAAGAGACAGUAAGAUCGUUGUGCCUCCUUUGCCAGGCAAAGCUUGGAAGCGUCAGAUGCCAUUCAGAGGGGAUGAUGGUAUAUUUGAAGAAGAUUUUAUAGAGGACCGAAGAAAAGGACUGGAAAGCUUUGUAAACAAGAUUGCAGGUCAUCCACUUGCCCAAAAUGAGCGAUGCCUUCACAUGUUCUUGCAGGAACCAGUUAUUGAUAAAAACUAUGUCCCGGGAAAGAUCCGGAAUGCGUAAUACUUAAAUAUGUAUUUCUGAUACUCAACUUUCGUUUUCACUUAUUGUUCUGUUAAUAUCAAAAUUGUCAACUUUGCCAUUCCAAAGUUACAAGCUGUACUGUGCUAUUCCUGCAGAUAGAAGUCAGAUGAUGUGGUUAUAAGUUAUUUGUGUGUGUGUGUGUGUGUGUGUGUGUGUGUGUGUGUGUGUGUGUGUGUGUGUGUGUGUGUGAAAUAUUUAACCACCUUCAAGGUUUUUCAUUUUAGAAAAAAAAGUGCGUAAGUUACAGGAAAAGCAUUACCGUGUGAGAUAGUCCUUAUAUAUAUAUAUAUAUAUAUUACUUGUGUGUAACUGUUUAUUCAGCCACAGAUAAUGUGGAUAAGAGUGUAAUCAUGAAUGAGUGGUUUGAAAUUGGGUAAAUGCUAGGCUGCUGAAUAUUCAGUAUGUGAUGCUUACAGCCACUCAUGAUUCAUUGAUUUAUGUAGUGACUUAGUUUAUCCUUAAUGGCUUUAAUUGUUAUUAUAAAAUUUAAGAUUGACUAUAUAAUGUUAUGUUGUUCUAAGUAUAAAUAUUUAAAGUUUUUUCCACGUGUUUAAAAUUGUAAAAGAUUGAAAUACUACUACUCUCCACACUUUCACUGUCAGUUUGAGAACAUUUAAAGACUUAACUGAUCUGUCAAACAUCUGAACUAUGGGGACAAGUUCAGUGUUAAAUUUUUAGCUAAUGAUAGCUAGUAUUUCACUGAAAUAUGAAUAAUUUACAGGAUAGUUAACUUACCAACCCUAUCUACAUUUUUGUUCUUUGGUUCAAAAUUUCACAGCAGUUUAACUGUAGUCGAAAUGUUUCUUUGGGAUGUACAGUAGUUGUAAGUGGUUGCAUAUUACCAUUUCAAGUAUCUGUAAUCUUGAAAUAUAGAAAUCCUGUGUCUGAAAUUCAUUUACUGUUGAGUGUGUUCUCAUUUGGCAAUAAAACUACGCUUUGUAUUUUCAGUCUCAUUAGAAGAUAAGAAUAGUUAUGUGCGUGUGUGUUGUACAUUUUCUUGAAUGUAUGUGCAAAUCCAGCAGGAGUUGUCAUGUUCACAUGUCACUGUAUAAAUUAUUGGGAUGAAUACUAUUUUAUAUUAACAUAUGUAAAGUUUUUAAAUCCACAAGAACAUUUAUGUAUGGUGCCAGUGUUUAUACUGGUGAUAUUGAAGAGUCUCUUUACAUUUAUUUACCAUAUUUUCCUCCUCAAUCCAGUUUCCCUGUUUAGUAAAAACUUAUUUUAAUUUUACAACCUUGAAAGGAAUUAUCAUUUGUGUUAAUAUAAUAAAUGGAACAUGUGGAACAACUACAUUACUGCUUACUAAUGAUCUUUGUGGUAUUUGAGAACUGUGAAUAGACUCCCAAUACAUGAUUUUA